AUGGCUGCACGCUUCCUGGCAGAGCGGCCGCCCUUGGAGCCGCCGAGCGCGCUGGAGACCAUCGCGAUUCGCUCCAGCACAGUGGUGCAGUACCAGAAGGUCCUGGAGGGGUUCGUGGCCUAUUGCUCGCUGAGCCGCCUGGACUGGAAGGACUUCGGCCAGCUGGACGCCGCGGUGACCCGCUUCCUGAAUCGCCAGUUCAUGGAGGGCCUCCAGGGCUCGUGGAAGGCCCAGCUACCGCGGGCCACCAGGAGUUCGAUUGCGCGGCUGCGGAGGGUGCCUGCCAUGACGAGGGUGCCCUUGCCAUACUUCGCCGCUGCCGCCCUGGCGGGCAUGUUAGCCGUCGGCGGGCGCCGCCGCAUGGCGAUCUGGACCCUGCUUACGUUCAGCUGCUGCCUCAGGCCCUUCGAGGCGCAGGGGCUCCGGGGGGCGUCUCUGGCGCGCCCAGUGGGGCAGGCGGCGUUCUCCGCGGUGAGCUGGGCUCUCCUCCUGCACCCCGCCAGCGGUGGCCGCCCAGGCAAGACAGGGCUGUGCAGCGAGAGCGCAGUGAUCGACCUCGACCAGCACCUGUGGCCGUUGCUUGCAGGCCUGCGAGGCGCAGUGACCCUAGACCAGAGCCUCUGGGAUUUCACCUUCCCGGCGCUCAGGGAGCAGUUCAGCGGGUUCGCGAACGCCAUCGAGCUGCGCGUCCUGGACCCGACGAUGUACUCGCUGAGGCGCGGCGGGGCGGCCUAUCUGCAGGGCGCCAUGACCCGAGCGCCCGACUGGGUGUUUCUCCUCGGCAGGAUCGUGCAUGCCAACCUGCUCGAGAUUGUCGAGUUGGGGCCAGGCCUUCAGCAGUGCUCGCGCGUCUGGCAGCUGCUGCCCGAGGCCGCGCGGGCGCUGAUCGCGGCCAAGCUGCUGUGGCUUCGGCAGCUCAG